CCUUUUUCUCACACCCGAUCAACUCUCAUCUCCCCCAAAAUUUAGUUUAUCACACUCAGUCCUCCCACUCAAUUUUCAUCUCCCACUCAAUCCUAAACCUAACCCCCAAAAUUUUCAUCUCCCACUCAAUCCUAAACCUAACCCCCAAAAUUUUCAUCUCCCACUCAAUCCUAAACCUAACCCCCAAAAUUUUCAUCUCCCACUCAAUCCUCCCACUCAAUUUAGUUUUUUUUUUGCGUUCAUCUCUCUAUCUCUCUAAUUUGGCUGAGGUUCUUCUCAUAGCUACGAAUGAAAAUUGACAACGGCGGAGGAGUAUGACGACGGGGUUUUGCGUUCAUCUCUCUAUCUCUCUAAUUUGGCUGAGGUUCUUCUCAUAGGUUCAUCUCUCUAUCUCUUUAAUUUCUUAUGCAAUCACUAAUUUACCUUUUGAUUUUGUGUUUUAUCAUCAUAAAUUUGUGUUUUCAUGAAAGCAAAGCUACGAAUGAAAAUUGACAACGGCGGAGGAGUAUGACGACGGGGUUUUGUGUUCAUCUCUCUAUCUCUCUAAUUUGGCUGAGGUUCUUCUCAUAGGAAAGCUACGAAUGAAAAUUGACAGAUAGUUGUUUGCAUAAACUACUUAAAGGUAUGGAAAAAUAAGCCUUAGAAAUUUGUAUGUAUUUAAUUUAUUUUCUCUGUGUGUAUUUGCUAAAUUUCUAGGUAAUCAACGUCAAACCCUUCAGCAAUUAAUGGUGACUAUAAAGUAUACUGAAAUUGCUGAGAUUUUAGGAGCUGUAAAACCAUUUGAGAGUUGGCUCUUGAUAACAAUCAUGAACCAUUUUAUGUGUUCCAAUGUGGAGAGCACAAUAUUGAAUAGCUUCAUCAUGAUGCAGAAACAAGGGAAGUGUGAUUUCUUACCGAGGGAUAAUCAUAUUCACUCUUUAAAUCUAUAAACCAAGUUUUCUAAUGUCACAUAUUAGUCGAAGAGAGUCUGAAGUUACAAUGCAAGCAAGGAAAUAAAAAUUAAGCGGAGGGUUAUUGCCUUGCCUUUUCCUACUGUUGGCAAGAUCUGCCAAAUCACACUCAUAACCAAAUCUCCUAUUUUCUUCAACAAAAGAAAUCGGUUCUUCCUUUUCUCUUGCUUCACCACAUACUAGAAGCAACAUCACUCCUGAAAACAUGGCCGGCAUAAAUAUAGAGACUCUUUUGUCCUAUCACUGCCUAACCGGUCCUUUAAUCAAAAACCCACUUUCAGAAUAUGACAAGGCAAUCAACAAGCUACAAGUAAAGUACAGAACAUACAUCGUCGAGUACGACUUCGACACUGGUGCCGUAUGCUUGCCAAGAAUGUUCGGCAGUGAUUUUGGAGAUCAGAUUGGGCGCUUUGCAACAUUGACUGAUCCAAAGGGCAAUCAAUUUGAGGUCUUAGUCGAUAGCAUUAAUGGUGACUUUUUUUUAACAAAGGGAUGGAAAGCAAUUCGCGACUUUUAUGGGAUUAGUCUAGGAGCUUGGAUUACUCUGAUUUUUGUUGGUGUUGGACAUUUUGAUAUGAAGCUGACUGAUAGGUUUCACAAGAUUAUUAACUAUCCCGUUUUUGAUCCACCCAUGCAUUUCCUUAUUGACAGAACUAAUGUGCACACAACUUUCAACAAACAUCUCCAACCCAAAACUUCUCUUCUCUCUUAUCGUCAUAGUAUCAAUUACAUGAUUAUAGAUUUCGGAAAAAAGUUAUCUCAAUAUGAUGUAACAAAGGGUGCUUUGAUACUCAUUUACGCAGGAAAUGUUGCGCAAAUGCUGGAUACUUCUGCUACCAAUGUGAAGAUUGUGGAUGAUUGUGGUAAUGUAUGGGACUGUGACUUAAUUUUUCGUACUCUUCCUUACGAACACUGCAGGAUAGGUGGGCAGUGGAAGAGGUUUGUGGAGGCUCGCAGGCUGCGUGAAGGUGUCAAAAUCAGAUUGGGAGCUCCGAUGGCUGGAAUGAAUGAUUUCAUUUAUCUCGAUGUUGUUUACGAUUAGACCAUGUUCAUUUAAUUGCUUCAGAACCUUGCAAGCAAUUUCUUUUAUCAGAUCCACCGUGUUAUUUUUAGUUAUUUUUAUUGCUUCCGAACCUUGCAAACAUUUGCUUUUAUCAGAUCCUUCUAUUUUGUAGUUUUAAAUUUCUCAAGUAUUUUCCAUGUUCCAAUCAC